AUUUCCCUUCUGGUGCUCGUCACGAUAGCCAACGUGAUGUUUACCGUACACAGCAUUUCUGUUCUCAGUGAGCUCCUCCCCCCGGCGCCUCACGUCCACACGUAUGUGGGUGAUGACCACCCCUCCCAACUCCCACUGGAGCUCCCACUCGUCGGUCUCGAACUCGAGAGCGGCGAAGGCCACUUUUCAUUAUACGACGACGAUGACUGGGGCACUAUAUUCCCCUCGGACGGGUUCGUCGCUCUAGGCCCAAACAACCGCACCUUUUUGGUUUCGCUGUACCAUCAGUUUCAUUGUUUGGACAUCAUCCGUGUAGGCUAUGUCGUGAACCGGACGCAUGCUGCGGAGCACAUCCAGCACUGCUUGCGCUAUCUGCGGCAGGCGCUGCUCUGUGCUGCUGAUACCACUCUAGAAGUGGAUAUUCCGCAGAUAUCCACAGACGAUGGGAAGUUGUAUCAUACUGCGAACGGGGUGGGUUCUGUGCACAAGUGUAGGGAUUGGACGGUGCUGCGGCAGUACAUGCUAGAACACCCA